AUUUCCCUCUCUAUACACAUGGGAGAUAGAGAAACACCGGGGAACUUCCCAUACAAUAAAUAUCCUAAAAUGGAAGUCCAUACUCCCGGCACAGGUCCAAAUCCAAGUCGUAGUUGCCGUGGCGGGUAGCCGUCGGGCGAAAAUCUGAUAGAGAAACACCGGGGAACUUCCCUUGCUGAGUUUCUCGCCCUGUAAUUUCUCUCCCAUGGAUUCUCCUUCCAAUCUCUCCAAAUUCCGUAUCCUGUGUCCGUCGGCCAGGACCGGCGCCGUUAUAGGUAAAGGAGGCUCCAGCGUCCGCCACAUUCAGACCGUCACCGGCGCCAAAAUCCGCCUCCUCGACAACCCUCACGGCCACCCUCCCUGCGACGAACGCGUCAUUCUCAUUUCGCAUGUUAAUAAUCCCUUUUCCGGUGCCACCGCCAACAACAGAAACCCUAGGCCAACCGCGGCUGAAGAGACUACUGCCGCGAAUGAAAACAGUAAUAGCAGUUCUUCUCAUCCGCCGGACAGUGGCGGCGCCGUUGCUGAUGGGAGUUCCGCCGUUGGCGUCAAAAGCAGUGGCGGAGAGUCCGGUGGCGGAGGGGGAGAUGAAGGGUGGGGUCCGGUGCAGAAAGCGUUGGUUAGGGUAUUUGAGAAGAUUGUGAAAGGGGAUAGUUUGGAGGAGCUGAGUGAAGAAGUGGUGGUCGUGGGUAGGGUUUUGAUUGGGAACGAUCAGGCUGCUCAUCUGUUCGGUAGAGGGGGGAAUGUGCUGGACAAGAUUAUGGCAGAAAGUGGAGCGCACCAAGUCAGGCUUCUCCCUCGUGAGCAGAUACCUCCUUGCGCAUCUCUCGGCGAUGAACUCAUGCUGGUUACCGGAAGCUAUUAUGCUGUAAGAAGAGCACUUCUAGCAUUUUAUAGUUGUCUUGAAGAUAUAAGUAAAGCAGAAGCUGCUAAUCCUGGUAGUGCCAAACAUUCGGGGCACCAUGGGCAUGCAGACUUUUCGCAGCGGGGUUAUGCUGAUUAUCAUUCUAGGGGUCACUCUCCUAAUAUGGGAGCUGAAAACUUUGAUGGCCGUAACGGGAGGGUUGUGGAGGAGGAUGUUGUAUUCAAGUUGUUGUGUCAACUGGAUAAAGUUGGCAGUUUGAUUGGAAAAGGUGGCUCUGUCAUAAAAACUUUGCAGAACGACACUGGUGCGUCUAUCAAAAUUGCUGAUGUUAUGCCGGUAUCACAAGAGCGAAUUGUUGUGAUAUCUGCACGAGAGGCAUGGGAACUUAACUCUGAUAUCUUCUACUCUUACCUUAAUUCAGAGCAAAGACGUUCUCCAGCCCAGGAUGGCGUUAUUCGAGUACAAACCAGAAUUGCUGAGAUUGGAUAUGAACAUGGUGCUCCAGUUGUUGCUCGUCUUAUUGUACACUCGCAGCAGAUAGGACGCUUAUUGGGUAAAGGAGGUCAGAUUAUAUCUGAGAUGAGACACCUUACUGGUGCCCACAUACGCAUAUUUCCUACGGAUCAAGCUGCCAAGCAUGGAACACCACAUGACGAAAUUGUGCAGGUUAUUGGCAACUUGCAGUGUGUCCAAGAUGCUCUAUAUCAUAUAACAGGCAGACUAAGAGAUAUAAUAUUUCCUCCAGUGAAAUCGUCAUUUUCAAACAGUGGUGGUCCGCCACCUUAUCAGUCCCAGUUCUCUGAUAUGCCUCCUCCUCAAUUUAGACCAAGACCUCAUCCAGCAUCAACAGGUCCUUAUCCUUCUCCUGCCGCAGGUCCUUAUCAUGGCGCUGACCAUCCUGCUGUUCCCCCACAUCAUCAAGAUCACCACUCGUUUCCUUAUGGUGAUGAACGACCUGGGCAUGGUCCUCCAUUUGAAAUUUCUCCCAGAUCAUGGAAUAAUCAACAGCCAUUUAACGGCGGCAAUCCACAUGGAGGUGCUGAUGGGUACGCAGCGAGAAAUGGGCCUCCAGCUAGUGGAGUCCAAGCACCAGGCGGCCCAGUUGAGAUGGUGAUUCCUCUGAACUUUCUUAGCCAUGUACAUGGAGAGAACAAUAGCAAUCUGAACCAGAUCAGACAGAUAUCGGGUGCGAGUAUACUGAUCCAGGAACCAAAGGCAGGAGGAGGUGAUGUUGUGGUCGGGAUAUCCGGGACCUCACAUCAAAUCCACACAGCUCAGUGUCUCAUCCAUGCCUUCAUUAUGACCGGCCGCUCUGCUGCAGCUUGACAGAUCAGUAAUCUUUGUACAACCAAAACACUGGCAGAACCGGAUGGUGCUGAUGGUGUAGUUAGUUUGUUAUCUUUGUUAGACGUUCAUCUGUUUGUGGUCUAAGUUUGUAGGUGAAUUAUACAGUAAAAGCUCUGAGGCCUGUGUCAAGAUCAAGAUUCAUCGACUUUGUCAUCUAUGACUAUUAGGCUAGCUUGGAAGGAUUAGUUCUUAAUCCGUUUUUUUUUUUUUUUUUGGCCUUUGCAUGUAAAUACUAAAUAGUGAAAGGCAGAGGUCGGUAAUGGCGUAAUGGAGCUGAGUUUACAAACACUGAAUGCUGGAUAGUGGCUUUGGUUACGUUGUUUCAUAUCCUUGGUGUAUCCGUGUUAUCUCAAUAACUCAAAACAGUUCAAUUGGG